GGAGGAGCGAGGAGCCAUGGCGGCUUUGGUUGCUGUUUGCGGUGGUCUAGGGAGGAAAAAGUUAACGCAUUUCGUCAAGGCUGCUCUCUGCCUCACAGAUCCUGGGACUCACACGGUGCUGUGGAGAAGUUGUUCACAAUAUAAACAGGUAGCCGGCAAUGAGGACCUGCCCAUUCCAAUGGAAAAUCCUUAUAAGGAGCCUCUUAAAAAAUGUAUCUUGUGUGGAAAACGUGUAGAUUAUAAGAAUGUACAGCUUUUGUCCCAGUUUAUUUCUCCAUUUACUGGAUGCAUUUAUGGAAGGCACAUAACAGGUCUUUGUGGGAAGAAACAGAAAGAAAUCACAAAAGCAAUUAAGAGAGCUCAAAUAAUGGGUAAGAGCACCCGAAAAACUGAAUUGGGCCAAUCAAAAGUUUGCUCAUUAUCUUUUGUGAAGCACUUUCAUUAUCUUUUACAGGGUUUAUGCCAGUUACAUACAAGGAUCCUGCAUAUCUCAAAGACCCUAAAGUUUGUAACAUCAAGUAUCGGGAAUAAAUUAUAGGAGUCUUAACAUUCAUCAAUAAACAUAUUUUACAAUAAAUGGUUGUAUGAUUCUAAUAUUGACUCAAAUUACAAGAUUUAAUAACCUUUGGGUAGAAAAUCGGCUCAAUCCUUUCAAACUGAA